GUCUAAGUCGGUGUCGGUUUGGAAUAACGGCUGUGGAAGAGGCAGAGUAACGGCCGCGUCGCGAGGGAAGGAAGCCGCUGAGCAGGAGACGAGCAGAAUGAUCGCUAAACUGUUGAAGACAUGAUGCUCUCAUGCUUACGUCCCAUAUCUGCUAUUUUAAAGACUACGCAAGCGGAAGGACCUGACAACAGCAACCAUACAAUAGUAGCAAUGGAAGCCCUGCUGGGACCCGAUCGCUACCGAUGGAACACUAUGAGCCGCGAGGAUCAACUCAAAGCAACUGCAAUAGCCUUUAUUCGCCUUUGCGCAGAACAGGGAGAUGGUGAUAGUCCCAGGCAGCCUCGCCUCGUGCCCCAGAAAGAUCCCUACGCAAGAGCCUCCGUGGCUGCCUUGGCCAGACCCAUCCAUCACCCUAUGAUGAUCAGGCAUCUUCAGGCAGAGCCUAUGCUGCAGUCAGUGAUUCCUAAGAAUUCCAGGGCUUCUAGGAAGCCUGCAAUGAAAAGGAAGGUUUUAAGACGAAUGCCAGAUGGAGAGGUACAAGUGACGGAUGAAUCCAUCGUGAGUGAGACUGACUCGGGCGCUCCAAGUGACUCUGAGUACAGUGAAUUGAGUCAAAGGAUGUCCAAUCUGAAAACCCACCAGGAGGACGAGUCUGAAGAGGAGUGUGAACCCAACAGUUCCCCGAAGUCAGAAACUCCCAAUUCCUGGAGAACUACAGGAGCCAGCCAGAGCUCCAGUUCUCCAAGAGAGAGUCACAGCCGAAGCACCUAUGAGCAGGAUCUGAUCUUUUCCGGCCCGCCAAAGUCUUUCAUUCUACCCAGAAUGGAGCAGCUCAGCCGGAAGAGGAUGAAGACUGACCGAGUGGCCCGCUACUUGGCCCAUAAGCACGACUGGGGGUUGCUGCGCCUCCCAGGGGAAGACCCCAGGAAAAGUGUGCGCUGGAACGUCCGGGAGCAGAUGUUUUACAAGGCAGAAUUCCCUCCCAGAGCUCAACACGUUUAUAUCCCCAACAACUACAUCGUGCCGACGGAGAAGAAGAGAUCUGCCCUGCGCUGGGGGAUACGUUGCGACCUGGCUAAUGGUAUCAUACCUAGAAAUUCCUAUUCCUCCUAGAAAUCCAGAUAUUUUUACAGCGCCGGAUAUUGGGACGAGCGUUGUUUAGCAUUGCCCAAAGAUAUGGCCACUCAGAGCUAUGCAGUUUUUAAAAUCCAAACCCUGCUUUGUGGUUUUAAAUCUAUGUGUGUGUUUUUUUUAGAGUGGGGAGUUCCUGGGAAGAAAGGCCUCCCAUUUUCUUAAGACAGGUGCUCCAUUGAGAGGCAGGCAGACACACAGACGAUGAACUGCCUGAAGAAUAACUUAUUCUGGUUGGUGAGAUCUUGAAAACUAAUCUCCCUUUUUCCAAAAGCUGUGGACAUUCCGUAUGAUUUGACUGUUUUUAUAAAAUUUUUAACUCCUGGAUGUAUGGAUUCAAUUAAAAAGUGUGUGGCGUGAAAA